AUGAAUUUGUUGCGAAUCACAUGUGGAAGAGAGUUAAAACCCGAAGGAGCAGGAGCAGCCGUUUUUGAAAUCAUUGAUGAAAAGGCGUUGGCAUUGAUAUUGCUUCAUGUGAAGGCAAAUCAAAUUCCUCAUGUAAAGGAUUGCAAAACGGCGGAGCGGGCGUGGUUGAAGUUGAAAGAGACGCAUCAACCAAAGGGGCAUACAAGGAAGAUAAUGUUGUUCAAGAAACUCCUGUCAAUGAAGCUGCAAGCCGGUGGUAAGAUGAUGGAUCAUCUAAAUGAAUUUAGUACAAUUUGUGAAAAUCUGAAUGAAGUUGAGGUUCAGUUGCCGGACGAGAUUUUUGUUAUAAUUCUGCUAUCAAGUUUGCCGACAAAUUAUGAAACUUGUGUAGUCGCAAUAGAGACUCGGUGCCUUAAAGGUGAAGUUAUUGGAAGAAAGUUGAAGCAGAACUACUGUAGUGAGGUCUUGGAUUGGUGUGAUCCGAAUUUAUGUCCAAGUGGUGAACAACAUAUAGCCUGUAAUAAUGAUGGGGCUCUGCAUGAACGAUGUGGCUAUGAUGCUGAAAUAAUCGAUUUGGAACCGUAUCGUGAUUUAAUCGUACAUGAACACAAUAAACGACGAAAUUUUGUAGCACUUGGACUAUUGCCAGGAUAUUAUCCUGCCUCUCGCAUGGCCACACUACAAUGGGAUGAAGAAUUAGAAUAUUUAGCCGACCUGAAUGCACGCACCUGUAUUGUAGAGCAUGAUGUGUGCCGUAAUACAUAUCGUUUCCGUAAUUCAGGACAAAAUCUAGUUGGCAUUUCACGUUUUAAAAAUGUUUAUCAAAAUAUAACGGAAAUAAUACUGAACGAUAUGUGGUUGUGGUUUCGAGAGCACAAAAUAAUCAAUAGCGAUAUUAUAACGGAAUUUAAAGUUAUUGGAGAUCUAGAAAAAUACGGCCACUUUGCUGGAUUGGUUUUGGAACGUAAUACCCAUGUGGGGUGUACUUUGAUACGUUACACGCGACCAGAGUAUCCUUAUUUGUAUAUUUAUAAUUUUGCCUGUAAUUAUGCCACGGUAUAUGCCUAUGAUGUUCCCAUUUAUACGGUGGGUAAACCGGGGUCGAAAUGUAGAAACGAAAUUAAUCCUCAUUAUCCUGGGUUAUGCUCCCCCGAAGAGGUUUAUAAUCCAAAUUAUUAA